AUGGCGGUUAUGGUCCCGAACUCGACGGUGGCAGUGCUGAGCGGCAGUGACGACUAUGCAGCCGCGGAGCACAUGAGUGACGUCGAAGCAGGCCAUGAAGCUCAUCGGCGAGCAAGUGAAGCUGAGGACGAAGAGGAAGAAGACGAUCUAUUCAAGAAUGCUUUCGGCGAUAUGAAGGAGUCUCCCGAGGAGGAGGACGACGACGACGAUGACAGCGACAUUUCCGAGAUCACAGCCGUUACGCCUGCCAACCCCGAUAAGCUCAAAAUCAACGGCAAAUCAGCCCAACAAAUUCUCGACCUCGACAACGAAGCCGAACACACUCCAAACUGCCACCCGCACCGCAAAACAUCCACACCACCCACUUCCCCAAAACCCACCCAACCCACAACAACCCCCACCACCUCCCUCCUCCCGACCGGCCCCAAAGAAGCAAAUCUACAAAAAGACCUCCGUCCCGCCCUCCGCCGACACCACCGCAUCCAUCUCCACACCCUCACCUUCGCACCCCGCCACCCUCGCCCCCUGCCCCAAACCCGCUACCUCAUCUCCGUCCUCCACGCCUCGCGCAAACAAACCCUCUCCACCUCCACCUCCUCCUCCGGCUCAAACCAAGAAAAACAUCAUAUCUGGAUGCUUGGAAACCGCCUCACGACCAUUUCCACGGUGAGACAUACUUAUACCCUUACUAAUCUUUCCGCGGAGCCAGUGGUGCUGGUACAUGGUACUGAGAGGCUGAGGGAUAGGGAUUUGGUGAGCCAGGUGGAUUAUUUCGGGGAUAGGUAUAUUUGUCUUCGCGCGGUAUAUCUUCGGGAUCCGGCCACGGGAGUGAGGAAUCCGGAAGCCAGGGGUAGGGGUUUAUUGGAGGGGUUGGUUGGGCGACCGGUUUUGAGUAGGGAGACGGAGGUCGUGGUGCUGGACGAUUGA